GCGGGCCGAGCGCGCGUUUCUGCCGUCGGGGCCGCACUGAGGCCUGGACCAGAUCAACCGGGCGGGAUAAUCACGGAGAGGAGCCUCGUGUGGCGGCGACGCGGGCGGAGGAGGGGGAAAACCCCUCUUUCGGGAGAUUAUGUGUCCCGACCCCCCUACGUAGAUGGACUGUCCCAUUUCCCCGCCCCCCGCCCCGGCCCCGGGCGGACGGAGCGCGCUCGGAGCCGUCGCCGCCAUGAACUGCCGCGCGGAGGUGCUGGAGGUGUCGGUGGAGGGCCGGCAGGUGGAGGAGGCCAUGCUGGCCGUGCUGCACACCGUCCUGCUCCACCGCAGCACCGGCAAGUUCCACUACAAGAAGGAGGGCACCUACUCCAUCGGCACCGUGGGCACCCAGGACGUGGACUGCGACUUCAUCGACUUCGCCUACGUGCGCGUCUCCUCCGAGGAGCUGGACCGGGCCCUGCGCAAGGCCGUUGGGGAGUUCAAGGAUGCGCUGCGCAGCUCGGGCAGCGACGGCAUGGGGCAGAUCUCCCUGGAGUUCUACCAGAAGAAGAAGUCGCGCUGGCCCUUCUCCGACGAGUGCAUCCCCUGGGAGCUGUGGACCAUCAAGGUGAACGUGGUGAACCUGGCCAACGAACAGGAGAGGCAGAUCUGCCGGGAGAAGGUGGGUGAGAAGCUGUGCGAGAAGAUCAUCAACAUCGUCGAGGUGAUGAACCGCCACGAAUACCUGCCCAAGAUGCCCACCCAGUCAGAGGUGGACAACGUCUUCGACACCAGCCUGAAGGACGUGCAACCCUACCUGUACAAGAUCUCCUACCAGAUCACGGACUCCCUGGGCACCUCGGUCACCACCACCAUGCGGCGGCUCAUCAAGGACACGCUGGCUCUGUAGAGCUGGGUGCUGGGACAGGCACUGCUGAAGCAACUUUCCUCCUACACGGCUGGUGGGGAGCGUCACCUCCCCACAGCUCUUUGGGCCAGAGUCUCUGUUUAGAUCCUUCUUCCCCCUCUAAAAAGCCUCUGCGAGGAGCUGAACUUGGCCUAUCCCUUAACUGUGGGUUGCCGCUGGUUUGGGGCAAGCGCCCCGCUGCGUUGGCCAAGGCAGCCUGCCCUUGCCCUCGUCCUGUGGAACUGGCUCCGAGGUCUGCGUCCUGCGUCGGAUGAGCCGCCGCGAGCUCCCUGGGGCAGGACCUGCUGCUCGGCACGUGUGGCCCCGCAUGUCCACGGGGAGGGUGCAGCGCUCGAGAAGGCGAUGGUCAGAGGGGAGGGGAGGUGCCUGUGCCUUGUCCCGUCCCUGCCUGUGGCUCUUCCCUUUCCGUUUGGAGUAGGACUUUGGGAGCUGGAGCUGGGUGUUUUGGAGAUGCUGCACUAAACCGACCUGCGCGUUCCCCGCAGCUCUGCCUGGCGUGGGCAGCACGAACCAGGACCCUCGCUGCCGCACGUCCUUGCCCCAGUCGUGAGUGAGCGAAGCGCCCGAGUCUUAUCUGGUGGCACUGUCCCGUCCCUGGGGCUGAGGUGCUUCCCUUCUGGGCCCGCAGAAGGGCUAGUGGGCUUCCUCUGGGACAGUAAUAAAGUUAUUUCCAGGUGGGAGCCUCA